AUGGCGAGCUAGCGCAGAAGGAGACGCAGAAGCGCGCGAGAGAAGAGAAGAGAAGCUAAGCUAGCCAUCAAGGUCUCGAAGAGGAAGCAAGAGCGCGAGGAGGAGAGGAGGAGGAGGCGGCGGCGGCGGCGAUGGGGAUGAGCAUCGCGCAGGCGGUGGCGGCGCUGAUGGGGACGUGCGCGAGGCGGCUGUCGCGGGCGGCGCGGCGGCUGCACCUGCGGCCGCGGGAGGGGAUCGCGGCGUCGUUCUCGUCGCGCGCCAUCGUGCCGUUCCUGGGCGGCGGAGGCGGCGGGAAGAAGGCUAUCUCGUCGUCGAGGAGGAGGAGGAAGGCCGGGGCGGAGCUGAGCUUCCGCGCGGAGGACGGGGUGUGGAGGAAGGAGAUACUGAUGGGGGAGCGGUGCCAGCCGCUGGACUUCUCCGGCGUGAUCUACUACGACGCCGAGGGGCGGCGCCUGGAGCAGCCGCCGCCGCCGCGCUCGCCGCUGCGCAGCCCGCUGCCGUCGUCCAUCAAGCUCGCGGCCAACGCCGGCGGCGGCGGCGGCUACUAGCCGGAGAUCGACACGUACACCCGCUCUCUCGCAGGCUUGCAGCAAAUCUCUGAACUUUUGGAGCCAAAGCUUAGCCAGCCGCCUUCCUCUGCUUUCCUGCGACAUAGUAAUAGGUCUCUGCUUCUGAUGAUCUGUUCUUCUUCUUCUUUUUUUUUUUAUUUUACUUCCUUUGGUGUGCGUAGUGAUUAGUGAUCACUGAUCAGUAUCAGUACCAUGUAAAAGAGUUUAUGGAAGCUUAGCUUGAUGCUCUUCAGAAGUUGGCACCUCUUUUUACGGUCAUCACUCUGAUUCUCUGAAUAUCUUUGAUCA